UCGGAUAAAUAAGACACGAGCUUGAUAAAAAAAAAAAAAAAAUAAGACACGAGCCCACCAUCGUCUCGAAGAAAAUAACAAACUUGAGAAGCAGAGCGAACCCUAGUUUCCCGAUCAUGGCGCCGAUUCUGAGAUCCGUCAAUUUUGCGCAGAUAACUCGCGGGGGGAGAUCUGUUGCCCGCAAUUUCUCUUCGUACCGCAGAAGCUAUGAGUCGAAGCGAACAAGAAUAGGAAUCGCAGAUGUCUUAACUCGAGGUGCAGGAGCCACUCUGGGUUGUUACUUUGGUUAUAAGUUAACUGGACACUGGAUACCAGAACUCGAGGAGAAACGGCAAAAGGCUAUGAGGAAUGCUAUGGGUCACUCUGAAAAAAUAGAAGACUUAAGGGAGAAGAUGUGGUCUGAUACUAAGUUAGUAAAGGUGUUUUCUGACCUCGAGAAGAAAUUGUUGUCUGAACUUAGUGGAGUAAAUUUGGAAAGCAUGUGGUCUGAUCUAAGGGAGAAGUUUGGUUUCGACCAAAGAUCAUAAUUAUUGUCAAGCUUGGCUUUGUAUCCUAAUUGUCUGUGCUUUUUUUUUAUAUAUGUAUGGUGUGAGCAUCUGUGAUUGGAAGAGAACCUGAUUAUCUGAACAAACAUGAAAGUUUAACUUA